UAUAAUAAUAUUUUUGUUUACAGAAAAUAAUCCCAUUUACUAAUUAUAAACUUCCUUUGUUUCUUGAGAAAAUUUCCUUAAAUUACCAUACAAUUUUCCAGCCUUUUGAAUCUUUUCACACCUUGCAAGGGUAUAGGAGCUUUUUAGGCAGGCUGAGUUGGUUUACCGUCUUAAUAUGAAAUAUGUAGACAGAUAUUGCAUUUUAAAUGCGUCACUCGCGUUUUAUAGUAUGUCAGACCAAGAUAAAAGCAGUUGGCAGCGAUUUUGACAGCCCAGGCAGUGCAAGUGAUAUUUUAAACGCCACACUUCUAUAAAAUUAUGACGGGCUGGGCAAUCAAAAUCGUUGCCAACUUACCUUGGUCUGACUCUAGUUGUGUACUAAGUUAUACAUUUUGAUAUUAAAUUUUACAUUUCCGUUUUCUUCAUUCAAGCCAUUAUCAUAUACAUAAUUUCUUAAUUUUAAAACCAGUUUUACAAAAUAAUGAAGUUUGUAUUCUUGAUACUUAUGAUAAAAAUGAAAUACCAAUGCGUUAAGGUAACGGUGGAAAUUCUAUUCGAUCCUCUAUCAAGCGUCGCCAGAAUACAAAAUGGCUGCCCAUUUUCGUCCGGAUCCGCCAACGGAGAAAGUGAUGCCUAUUUCACUUGGACAAUUAAAUUAAUUAUGUAUUUAAUGUCCGUCAACUGGGCAAUUCCAUACAGUAAGUGCCAAGGUGAAGAAGUUUACUUCCGUCCUCGUCAGAAAAAAUACGUAAAGUCAAUUUAUAAAUCCAAAAAAUAAGAUCCCGUAAAAUGUAUAACCUAAACCACGCUAUACUGAGUCAUCAAUUUUGCGAGAUCUUUUUUUUUUUGGAUUUAUACAUUGGUUUAAAAAAUUGGCUUCAAGGGCCUACUUUAGGGCCUAUUACACAAUAUUCAAAUAAAUUAUUGGAUAGCUAAUUAACAAAUAAAUUAACUGCCAGAUAAAUCUUCGUGCUAAUCGUUGCAGGUUAAGCUUAUUUGAAGAUUGUGAAACGCCAACGAUGACUUUAUUGGUCAGAUAAGUGGCAAGUAGCUUAUUCAAGACUUUAUUAACGUGAGACACUUCAUUCGGUUCUUGUCUGAUUUAAUUUUUUUGUCUUUUAAUUAUUUAUAUAAGAAUUCAAGCCUUGGAGACCCUCUACAUCUCUAAGGAUAAUUUAAUAUCUUUUUUAUAUUUUAUCUCUGACACUUAGAUACUUAUCCCUCUCUAAAGAAUUUUAGUAUUUGUUGGUUUUAUUUUUUUAUUAUAGUUUUUUUUGUGUAAUUUGACAUUUACAGACAGUAUACAUCUCUAAUAAAGUAUUUAUUAUUUCAUCGAUUCCAUAUUUGUAAUUUUUAUUGUUUGUAAAAAUGGACAUGUGGCCCCUGUGGCCUUUUUGCUGAAUAAAUGUUUGAUAUUUGAUAUUUAUUUGGACAUUGUGAAACAGCUAAGUUAGUAAGUAAACUAGAUAUUAAUUUAGUAGUAGGUAUUUGUACAGUUACUAUAAUAUCUCUGUAUACAUCGAUCAUGUAAAUAAAAAUGCAUAAAUUGGUCAAAUAUACCAGUAAAUUCCUGACAUGAUUUGGAUAGGGUACUUUGAAUACUUUUUAUACUCUCUAUCUUUUUGGGUUUAAAUAUGUGUAUUAUAGUAUGGGUCAAGCUAUUUCCGUCUGUAGAAAGCGGCGAAUUCAAAAAUUUUGAGCGUGAAGGAUUAUGGUCCCAUAGAAAAUUUGAAUUUCGCGCCUUCUUCUACUAACAAAGUUGUUUGACAGACUAUAUCUUAUUAUUAUCAUCACAGAAAAACUCUGAAUAUAAUUAAUCUUUUAUUUGUUUUUAUAAUUUUAUUUUCUAACCCUUUUAUUUAGAUAAGUACUGGUUUAAGUGAAUUUUAAACACCAUUUCAAUUAACUAGUUGCUACCUCAAGUAGAAUGACGUAAACAUUUGGUAUUAAAACUAUGUCCAUUUUCAUGGUCCGUGGAAAUCCGUUCAGCUGUUUAAAUGGGCAAAUAAAUACAUAGUAGAAGAUGCUUCCAUCAGUACUUGCAAGUAUUUUAUUUCUAUUAAUUAAUGUAUAGGUAGUAUGUAUGGAUAGUGUUGGCUACGUCUGUGAUAUCAAUUACGCAUUCAACCAGACGUUUUUAGCUAAGCUUAUCGUGACCAAAAUGUCAUGCGUCAUCCCACUAAGCUGGCUCUGGGCUGGGCGUUACACCGAGCACACAUUACAUCACCACGCAAAUACAUUGUCCACUCUGCUCUCAAAACAAAUUCAUGUCAAAUUAAACUAACGGCUCUGUCAACAUCAAUGCAAACUGCACCGGCCCACAUCGUUGACUUAAUCAUUAAUUCAUUGCCACGCCAAGGAAGCGCCAAACCAAAACUAUGGAGCGACCCACACUUGGUAUGUGAGGCCAUUCAAUAUUAAAUACUUGCUACUUAGUUACCUCACCGGCACCGCUCGGAGUGGUCAGUCAGUGCAGAAGAAAACCCACUUAAGUGACCUGUUAUCCCCUUUCUCGACAUAUAAGGACAUGUCUAAAUUAACUGUGACGAAUUUCACGAAGCGGACAGGAAGUCCGUUCAGCAAGAAUGAAACAAUUGAAGUGAAACAUGAAGAAGUUCUUCAGAAAUCUCCAUUUGAGAAGCAGAAGGAGAAACAGAGUGAGCUGCUGCAGAAGGUUAAUAAGAAGACUGCUGAGUAUCAAUCAAAUAAACCUAGUUCUGGAGUAUUUACUGAAGUAACUACAUCAGGCGCGUUUACAUCUAAGAAUGCUACAGUUAAAGAAGCUACAAAGAAUGAUGCAAGGGCAUCACCUCCCAAAAACAUCCCAAAUGGAAAUGGAUCUAAGGGUCUCCUAGGUUUCCCGUCAUCGGCUAAUGACUUGGCACUUGACGCCAAAUCUGACCUCGAAGCAGACCCAAACAUAUCAAAAGAAACAAAAGACAAGGUGAUCGAAAAAUUGUUUACUUUAGUCUCUAUGGUACAGCAUGUUUUCGAGUCUAAAGUGAGAAUCAUGCAGGAACUUGAGAAAUACAAGGACACACAUAUGAAGAAUGAAAUUAGGAGAGAAAAGGAACAUGCAGAACAGCUGUAUAAGUUGAAUAUGAAUUUCCAGAACGAAGUUGUUCAAGCAAUUCAGAGAUUGAAGAGUGAGAUCGAUAUUUCGAGGAAUGUAUCUGAAAAUGUGGAAGACAAAGCUAGUGCAAAUGACACAUCGAUGGAGUUCACUACGAAAUCACAAGUCAGCGAGGAAAACGAUAUUGAAAUUAAAGAGGAUGACAAAUCAGAAGGAACUGAAGAGUGAUGAUGCCAUGUUAUGUAUAAAUUACUAUAUUAUAAAUCAGAUUUUGUG